AUGAGACAUGCCAAGGUAAAGGCACAUCAUUGCACUGAGUGUGGAAAAGCCUUUUCUAAAAUGAAUCUUCUGAAGUCACACCUGAGGAUCCACACAGGAAUAAAGCCGUAUCAGUGCUCUGACUGUUGAAAGACCUUCAGUCGAAUGUAUCAUCUCAAGGAACACCAGAGGAUCCACACAGGAGAAAAGCCAUAUCAGUGUACUACAUGUGGGAAGAGUUUCAAGACUAAGGCAGUGGUCAAUGCCCAUCAGCGCACACAUACAGGAGAAAAGCCAAAUCAGUGCUCUGACUGUGGACAGGCCUUUAGUCGAAAGGCUCAUCUAAAGGAACACCGGAAGACCCACACAGGAGAAAAGCCGUAUCAGUGCACUAACUGUGGGAAGAGUUUCAAGACCAAAGCAGAAGUCAACACCCAUCAGCGUACACAUACAGGAGAAAAGCCGUAUCAGUGCUCUGACUGUGGAAAGGCCUUUACUCGAAUAUCUAGGUUCCAGGAACACCAGAGGAUCCACACAGGAGAAAAGCCGUAUCAGUGUAUUAUAUGUGGGAAGGCCUUCAGUCAAAGCUUCGCCGGACCAUCCCCACUCGCCUAUCAUCAACGUAUUCACACCGGAGAAAAGCCUCAUCAGUGUGCGGAGUGUGGGAAGAGUUUCAGAAGCAGGUUGCAACUCGCCAUUCACCAGGUCACACACACCGGAGAAAGGCCCCAUCGGUGUGCAGAGUGUGGAAAGGCCUUCGGUCAAGUAUCCCACCUGAAGGCUCAUCAGAUGAUCCACACAGGGGAACGGCCGCAUCAGUGUCCCGAGUGCGGAAAGGCCUUUCGUCAAAUGAGCGACCUUAAGAAACACCUUAGGUUCCACACUGGGGAAAAACCGCAUCGGUGCUCGCAGUGCGGCAGAGCGUUUACGCAGAUAUCCUGCCUCAGGACACACCAGAGGACUCACGCCGGAGUGAAACCGCAUCGGUGCCCAGAGUGUGGAAAGACCUUCUGUGAAAUAAGCGGCCUCAAGAAACACCGGAUCGUCCACACUGAGGAGAAGCCGUACUCGUGCGCUCUGUGUGGAAAGAGUUUCAGGCGCAACGCUGAUCUGAAGACCCAUCAGCUGGUACACAGCAAUGAUAAGCCGCACAUGUGUUCUCUGUGUGGAAAGAAGUUUAGUCAACGGGUCAAUCUUACUAGACACCAGCUGCAGAUACACCAGCGAGCGAACACUGGGGACAAAACAAGACGAAAAUGCUCUCAGUAGGGCUGAGCAAACACUGGGGACAAAACAAGACGAAAAUGCUCUCAGUAGGGCUGAGCCAACACUGGGGACAAAACAAGACGAAAAUGCUCUCAGUAGGGCUGAGCCAACACUGGGGACAAAACAAGACAAAAAUGCUCUCAGUAGGGCUGAUCGAACACUGGGGACAAAACAAGACGAAAAUGCUCUAAGUAGGGCUGCUUGAGGGCAGUGGUAGUGUAGUGGUUAAGGAGCUGGGCUAGCGUGCAGUAGCCUGUAGGGUGGUGGUA